AAACGACGGAAGACGCAACAAGCAUGUAGUAAUUGCCGGGGCCGGAAGACAAAGUGUGAUGGACAAUAUCCCAUCUGCGCCGCCUGCGAGAGACGCGGUGUGGCUAUGACAUGUGUCUAUGAGCGCCCACAACCUGCGCCGCAUUCACAAAGGUAUGCGGAUCUGGAAAGCCGACUACAACGAUUGGAGCAAGGCGAGAAUAUGGACAUGAGAAGUUUGCAGUCUCCCCGAUUCGGCCCAGAUAUAACCCUUCCAGAUGAUGAUUCUUUGCCUCCAAGCAAUGCGAGUGGUAUCGCUGGCCGCGAUGAUUCUCCACAUAAUCUUGCUCAUCAGCAAGUCGACGCAUUGGCCACUGUUUCUCCUGACGACAAUGGCAGUUGUGUUUAUGGCGAGUCUUCUACUAUUGCCUUUGUACGAGAGUUUACUCAAAAGACUUCGUCGGAUAGUACCGCGGCACAGAACAAACAUCAAAGUGGCCAGGCUGCUCACGAAUCCGCUCGGGUGCAGUCACCUGCUGUGCUUACACCGCUUGACAUAUCUCUAGGGAAUAGAGAUAAUCUUGCUAUCCUCCCUCUUCGCAGCAAUGCAGACGAUUUCCUGCAUUGCUAUUUUGAGUUUAUACAUCCGUUGUUUCCGCUCCUUCACAAAGACUCAUUUAUCGCACAGUAUAACCGACUGUGGCUCCCUCACGGCAAUUCGCGGUCUGGCAAAGAAGAUCUAGUAUUCAUGUGCAAUCUGAAUCUUGUCUUUGCUUUGGGUUGCCAAUUUAGUAGCCUGGCUCAUGCAAACAACAGAGUUUCAACCGCAAAUCAAUUCUAUAAAAUGUCUCGACAAGUACUGCUCUAUGAUAUUUUGGGCACAACCUCGGUGUCGGUGGUACAGUGGCUUCUUUUGAGCGGAGUAUAUCUCCAAUCAACGAAAUACGCAAGCCACUGCUGGAACUCAAUAGGGCUUGCUAUUCGCCUUGCACAAAGUCUAGGACUACAUCUGGAACACCCGGGCUUAAAAUCGGAAAGCCAGCUUGACCGAGAAAUGAGACGGAGAAUCUGGCAUACCUGUGUCGUUCUGGACCAACUGUUAGCUAUGACUUUCGGCCGUCCAACUAUGGUGAAUGGAUCUUACAGUACUCCAGUGCCUUGUUUAAUUGAUGAUGAAUAUCUGCGCACAGAUGGUGAUGGCGUACAACCGAAAGGAGCGAACUCGCGAAUGGGCCUGUUUGUGUAUUCCUGCAAGCUUUUCGAAAUCUUAGACGAUAUAUUGUCAAAAUUCUACUCAGUCGAAGCUUCUGCGGACCCUGUCUCUGAAUCUCGCUUACAAGACAUGGUAUCAGAAGUACUAAGUUUCAACCGCCGCUUAGACAACUUUAUCACCUCAUUACCUGACUAUCUUAAAACAACUCAAAGUUCCCAGGUGUUUAUGUCAGAGAGAAAUAGCUGGAAGAAUCUUCAGCAACAAGUCCUUUAUUGUCGGUAA